AUGGCCUCUGCGGCUCAUGAUGUGAGUUCCCCCAUCGUUGAAGCCCUUCGGCGACUCCCGCAGCCACUCGUGUUUAUUCAUCCAAUGUACGCAGUGGCCGCCAUUCCAAUAAGAGACAAUCUUAAUACUAAUACUAGUACUAUUAAUAGAAGUAGUCCACAGCACGCAGAAGGGGUUGUAAUGAAAAGAGGCGCAGCAUCAAAGAGAGGAAUGAUUAGAAGAGGGGAGGAACAGGGUUCAAUCAAGUCAUUUCCGUUAGAGACAAACAUUACUGAAGUAGAAUCACUUACUUUAACAUCCUUAGCACAGGAGUUGUUUGACCAUUUGCUAUGUCAAUCAGCGGAGAAAAGUGAAAAUAAGAUAGCCUUAAAUCCAAAUAACAAUAGAAAAAGAAAACGUUUACAAAGAGCACGUAUUCUUAUUACUGCUACUGUGCCGUUUCCUUCUACGGUGCCUCUGGUUGUAGAAUUAAUACAUAUCUUUCUACGUCAACAUGGAAGGCCACGAGGUGUGAUCUCGCUUACAUGUUAUCUGAAGGAGGCACUGGAGUUUAUGUUGUAUUGGUCUCAUCCUUCCAUGGGCUUUACCGUAUCCGCAAAUGUAAACCAUCAUAACUUACAUCCCCAAAAAUAUUAUUAUUAUCAUUAUCAACAACAAGAAAAAGAAAAAGAAAAAAGAAGUGCGUUGGAGGUUUUAGCGGAUGUUAUGUAUACUUCUCCAUUACUCCUUCGCCCUUGGAGGGAACAUCGAGUGCUUGUCGCGAUGGCAUGUGCACCGGAAUGUACAAUUCGGGAUUUGUGUGGAAGUCGUCGGCUCGCUGCGUGGAUCCAUCAAUACAUCAGUAGUGAACGAUUGGGUGAAUACAAUUCCUCUACGAGAAUGGAAGAAUGGGAGUGGCUGGAGAGAUAUUUGUCUGCUUUAAUGUCAAGAGCAGAAGUUGUGGUCUUUACCCGCACACUCUGUGCGUUAUUAAUUGCCCUCGAGGUGGAACUCAUUACAGACAGUUACCACCACCACAAUAUCAAUAAUAUCAAUAAUGAUAUGGAUGAUAUUGAUAUUGGUGUUUUGCCACGCAAUAGGAAUCGUGAUGGUGAGGGAUUGCGAUUACUGCUGGGCAUUCUCGCUGAUCGCGGCGGACACAUGAUGAGGGAAGAUAAAAGAGAAGAGACAUUUCCAGCAAGUGAUGACAGUAAUGUGGGAGAUGAUGAUGAUGAUAGUGAUAAUAAUGAUAAUAAUAACAGUAAUAGUGACGAUACAUUUUGGAAUUUAGAUGAUUAUCUUUCUCUUCAUGUGAUGGACGACUCUGUGGCUCUCUUUCUGCGUGAACAGCCAACAUGUGUGGAGUUUAUUAACACCACUGCAGCGAAGACAAGAGGGAGAAAUAGUGGAAAAGAUACAAAUAACCCCAUGGCAGUACGGCGUCUCUGCGGUGUUGUGGAUGAGUUGUAUCGAUUUCUCUCUGAAUGGAUUCGACUCACUGUUAACGCAGAGAUGCGUCGUUUAUCAGCCCAGAUAACUCCAAAGAAAGAACAAGAAAAUAAUAAUAAUAAUAAUAAUAAUAAUAAUAAUAAUAAUAAUAAUAAUAAUAAUAAUAAUGACAGGAAUAGCAACAACAGCGGAAAGUUGUCAAGACUCACAAUAGUAGUGGGUCGUGUACUGCAGACUGGAGCUUCAACGUCGUCGUCGUUGUCUUCUCUUCCUCUCUCUUAUGCUCCUGUGAAUUUAAUGAGUGAUAUGAUUAUUGAACAGCAAUUACGGUACGCAACAAAUGUCAAGAGUGAUGAAUUACUAUUGUGUACGGCAGCGAGGAGCUUUCUUAAUACCGACUCCAACUCCACAAACAGUAAGAAAACAAUAGGCGGUGAGAAGAACAGGAGUAGUAGUGGUAGCAGGAUUGGACAUGUGUACAAGAAGACUAUGAAACCGAGUGAUGAAAAACAGACUCUCUUUGAUAUUCCUUUGUGGACUAGUGGGGAUGAUAAUAAUAAUAAUAAUAAUAAUAAUAAUAAUAAUAAUAAUAAUAAUAAUAAUUAUGAGAAUAUAGAGGAUGACAGUAUAUUAACAGACAAGGUGGAAGAGUCUACGUGGUUUAGUGAUCUUAUCAUUGCGGGUGCUGUUCGUUAUUUAGAUGAAUCACCUACACUCUGGCGAAGACGUGCCUUCUCACACUUGCAGGAUGUUGUAACUAAUAUAUCAUCAUCCAUCUCAACAACUGGGCAGCACAAUGAUGAUUCCUUUCUACGAUUAGGAACAUUAAGUGGUAAACAAGUACAUCUCUCUUCAUUAUCAACAUCAUUAUCAUCACCGAUGGUGUUAUUAUUAUUAUUAUUGCGUCACGCUCGUGCAGAAGUGCGAUAUACAUUAUCAUCGUGGCAUUUCUUUCCUUCUUUGCCUUGUAGUGUGAACAGCAAAGAAGGCUGGCGUAAUAAUAAUAAUAAUAAUAAUAAUAAUAAUAAUAAUAAUAAUAAUAAUAAUAAUAAUAAUAAUAAGAGGAAGAAGAGGAAUUAUCAAUUCCUACAGGAAUGUUUAGACCCACAGUUAUUGUUGGAUAAAGGUCUACUGGCUGGAGACCCACCAUGGACAAAAAUAGAGGCGGAUUACUUAUUUCUCUUCUUGCGAGAAUAUAGACAGUUAUUACGACGAGCACGUCUGGCACUACAAGAAGAAGGAGAAGAAAAAGGAAAUCCAUCAUCACAAUUAAUAACAACAACAACAACAACAACAACAACAAGAAUAUCAUCAUUAUUAUCAACAAAUGUAACUCUCGGUUUACAUCUCAUUGCAGCACCAUUAGAUCCUCAACAUCCCACACAAGCAGAAGUAACACAGAUGCGUACGGCAAUAGAUGUAUCCCUCGCAUCUUAUUUACUUCCACAAACAACUCAAGAUGAGAGAUUUUCUGUAAUAUUGCCCUUUUCAGUUUUCUAUGCACAGUACAGUGAACUUGCGGCUUAUUUUUCUUCCACUGCUAAAGGGAUACAACAGAGUUCAUUAAAUUGUAAAAGUGUUGAACGUCUUUGUUUGUCGCUGGGACUUCCAAAGGGGAGUUUUCAUCUAAUGAAGAAUGAAGUUGGACUCACAACGGAGGCAAUGGAACAUCUGGUUCGAUUAGUAAAGGAACAACAACAACAACAAGAACAACAAAAACAACAAUGCAAAGAAAGAAAACAAGAAAAGGAAAAAGAGAAAUCGGUAACGGAGGAGGUGACAAGGCAAGAAUCACUUUCUUCUGCUAUUCCCCAUAUUAACAUUACUCUUACUAAUGCUCAUAAUAUUACUACUAAUAUUAAUACUUCUCCAAUGGGUGCGCCAAGUGAGUCUCGUGAUAAUAAUAAUAAUAAUAAUGAUAAUAACAACAACAACACUGUAAUCCAUCACCGUGAGGGUAUCUUUACAUCUUUUCCAUUUCAUGCCCAUAGAGAUGUGAAUCCACUUACACUUGAGGAGUGGUAUUGUAUGAUUGAUGAGAUGCUGGCGCCCUCCUCAUCUACGUCAACUGAUACGGGAGUGAAUGCAGAAGUCGUGUAA